AUGCUACGGAUAUUAGGCUCACCCGGCAAAUCUUUGCCCCUCAGAUCCCUUCUGGUGAGCAGACUCAAGAUUCCUGGAUCUCGUACUAUUGGUUCUGAUGUGAAUGAACUUAAGGAGGAGACAGGAAUCAAUGACUAUGACAAAUCGGCAGAGAUGACUGGUGUUAUGGAUUACCGAAAACUGACAGAGGUUCUCAUGUUCUUCGAUAAUGUGUAUCCCAGGUGGUAUGCUAAACUCUGGUACACUAAACUUUUCAGCAGGUUCAGCGGGGGCCGUAAGAGGUUUUCGGAUGCUCGAUUGAAGGAUAGGGUGUGUAAUCUUUUCAAUGUUAAGGAUGAUCCGUUGCCACAGGAGUUUGUGGCCGACGAAUUUGUUCCUUUGAAAAGAGACGGUGGAGCUUUCGUCAAGUUUCUUGUUCCAGAAACAUCCAGUGUCAAAGAGUUGAUCCAGAGAGUGGAAGAAAACUGUAAAAAGAACCAACACUUGUACAAUCUGUCAAUUCAGCGCUAUAUCAACUUUUGGAUGAAGUACCCACAGGCGUUCCAGGUCAAGGGUACUCCAUGGAUUGAGGAUAUGAGCAGAUUUCCUUCAUCGAGACUCAAAGUUAUUUUCGAAGGAGAGUUCUUGACCGAAGAAGAGUUGUAUGUUUUGUUCAGAAGAUAUGGCCCUAUAGAAGACAUUAUUCCUCUGUCAAGCAGCGUUCCAUAUGCCACAAUACUUUUCAAAAGCACAGACUCGUGUAUUCGUGCAAAGAACUGUGUUACAGGCAUGGUUUUGAAUAAGAACAAGACAACUUUGCACUUGCAAUAUAUACCUAUCAAGAGGGUGAAUUACGUGACCAACUUUAUUGCAAACCAUCAAAGAAUUGCUAUUCCUGUUAUAUUGGCGCUCCUUGCGGCUAUUGCUGUUUUCAUUUUCGAGCCUAUUCGGCUUACUUUCAUCGAGCUCAAGCUCAAGAGCUUAUAUUCGUGGGAUGCUCACAAAGACAAUUGGUUGGUUAAGGCUAUUUAUGUUCCAUACAGAGCAAUUGUCUCUGGUAUCAGCGAUGGGCGUCAUUUCUUGGACGAUUCCCUUGAAUCCAUUACAGGCAGUAAGAGAGGCAAAGUUGAACUUGAUGAUUUUGAAGCCGAUUUCCUCUUGACAGAGAGAACAGAGAAGGCAAAGCAGAUGAAACUUUGGAUAUGCGAGAAUGCUAAUACAUUCAUCAUUGUGAAAGGUCCCAAAGGUUCUGGCAAAAGAGAAUUCGUGUUUGACCAUACGUUGAAGAUGGCCGAUGUACCAACGAAGAGUGUUCUCGAGAUUAAUUGUACUCCAUUGGUUAAGGCUAGAAGUGAUAACUUGUUUUUAAAGGCUACGGCAAGUCAGAUUGGAUACUUCCCUAUGUUCACUUGGACUAAUUCAAUUACCCAGUUUGUCGAUUUGGGUUUGCAAGGUUUGACAGGACAGAAAUCAGGCUUUAACGAAUCGAAAGAAACGCAAUUCAAGAACAUGCUCCUGUUAGCACAAGUGGCUAUUAGAAAAGUCGCAUUGGCUGACUUCCCAAGUUACAAAUGUGAUUUGGAAAGACAGCAACAAAAGAAGAUAGAACAGAGCGGUGAUAUAGAUGCUAAGAUUCCCGAAAUACGAGAAGAAGAGUACUUGCAAAUGCAUCCAGAAGCAAAACCAGUCAUUGUCAUCUCUAAUUAUGCCAGCAAAGCGGAUAGUGCAAAUGAUUUUGCCUACAGAGCUUUAGCUGAUUGGGGAGCACAACUUAUUCAAAGCAACAUUGCACAUGUUAUUUUCAUAACGCAGGACUCUGGAAGUAUUCUGCACUUGACCAAGGCGCUUCCCAAUCAAGUUUUCAAAACUAUAGCGUUGUCAGAUGCUUCUCAACAAGCAUCGAGGCAGUUCGUUAUGAAGCAGUUGAGGGGUGAAAAUACGUCCGCUUAUGUGGAUCUGUGCUUGGGACCACUAGGAGGAAGAAUGCUUGACUUGCAGUCGUUUGUAAGACGGAUUAAGUCAGGCGAAAGUCCUGAUGAUGCAUUGGAGGAAAUGAUUAGCCAAGCAGCUGAGCAAAUUACAACGUUCUUCUUGAACCCAGGCAAAGUUGAUGGGGAGGCAACAUGGAGUACUGCCCAAAUCUGGGCAUUGAUGAGAUCAUUGUCUAAGGCAGAGGAAGUUGAGUUUAUUGACUUGCUCAAGUCCCCGUUAUUUGCUGCAACUGAAGCUACCACUGCUACUUUAGCCGUUUUGGAGAAGAAUGAUUUGAUUGGGCUCAAGAGAGAGAAGGGAAUUAUUCGUACCAUAACCACUGGAAGGCCACUUUAUCGUGCGGCGUUUGAAAACUUGGUCAAUGAUCAUAGGGCAUUUAAGUUGUAUGAAACUGAUUUCUACAAAACUCUAAUUGGCCUUGAAAAUGCUAAGAUUUCCAAGUUGGAGGAUGAAAUUUCCAAGAUAUCGUCAUUGAGCGAUUUAAAGUUUAUGAAAGAGAGACUUGAUUACCUUUCCAGUAAGAUUUCGGCUUCCACGGCAACAGUUCAGGACUAUGAGGCCAAAAUGAAAGAGGUGGCAAAUAUGAGCAACACCCCCAAGAAGAAUUUCUUAGGCUUCUAA